CAGUCCUCAGCGGCUUUUGUUUUGAUUAUUGUUUUUACAUAAUUUGCAAGAGCUUAGUUUUAAAUUUAACACGCUUGUAACUAGUUAAUCCUCGUCGACAUGGACGGCGAUUUGUACGACGAAUUCGGGAAUUACAUAGGGCCUGAUCUGGAUUCGGAUUCUGACGAUGACCAGAGCGUCUAUGAUAACCGGGAGGGCGACGAGGAUGCCAUGGACGAUGAUGAGGACGCCGAUGCGGAACCGGAGGCCGCGCCCAUGUCGGUCGUGCUGCAUGAGGACAAACGAUACUACCCACAAGCAGUGGAAGUAUACGGGCCAGAUGUAGAGACGGUGGUCCAGGAGGAGGACACCCAGGCGCUGGACAAGCCACUGGUGGAGCCGGUCAAGCACAAGAAGUUCCAGAUGCAGCAGCAGGAGUUGCUGGAGACCACAUACGACAUGGAGUACCUGGCUGACAUGCUGGACAACACUAAUCUUAUGAGGAACGUGACGCUUAUGGGGCAUCUGCACAAUGGCAAAACUUCGUUUGUGGACUGCCUCAUCCGCCAGACCCACCCCAGCACCGUGAACAACGAGACAACCAUCCCCAUGCGAUACACAGACACUCUAUUCGUCGAGCAGGAGCGUGGGGUGUCCAUAAAAGCCAUGCCGGUCACGCUCAUGCUCAAGAAUAUCAAGGGAAAAUCUCACUUGCUCAAUAUCAUGGACACCCCGGGCCAUGUGAAUUUUAGCGAUGAAGUCACUUCUGCUUUAAGGAUUUCUGAUGGCGCGGUGCUUUUCGUUGACGCGGCGGAGGGCAUCAUGCUAAACACCGAGCGUCUGCUCCGGCACGCCGUGCAAGAGCGAGUGCCUCUAACGAUCUGCGUAAACAAGAUCGACCGUCUCAUGCUAGAGCUGAAACUACCACCCGCUGACGCGUAUUACAAGCUGAGGCAUAUAAUAGACGAAUUGAAUUCGUUGAUAGAAACAAACCAGCCUCAAGACAACCCUGAUGAGCCGGCCACAGUGUUCUCGCCUUUACUGGGUAACGUCUGCUUCGCUUCGUCCCUCUACGACGUAUGCUUCACGCUGGAGUCGUUCGCGGCCAUGUACGCGGCGGCGCACCCCGCCUCGGGGCUCCGCGCCGCCGACAUGGCCACGUGGCUGUGGGGCGAUGUCUACUUCAACACGAAGACGCGGCGUUUCACCAAGAAACAGCCGCACUCGUCCGCGCAGCGAAGCUUCGUCGAGUUCAUUCUUGAGCCGCUCUACAAGAUCUUUGCCCAGGUGGUAGGUGACGUGGACGACACGCUGCCGGCGGUGCUGGCCGAGCUGGACAUCAAGCUGUCCAAGCAGGAGUCCAAGCUCAACGUGCGCCCGCUGCUGCGGCUCGUCUGUAGCCGCCUUUUCGGAGACUUUCGUGGUUUCGUGGAGAUGGUGGUCCGUCACGUUCCCUCGCCGCUGGACGCGGCUCCUCGCAAAGUGGCACACACGUACCGCGGCACCGAGGGCCCGCUGUACGAGGACAUGCGCGCCUGCGACCAGUCGGGCAGGCUGGUCGCACACACCACCAAGAUGUAUCCCACUGACGACUGUAGCUUCUUCUUGGUGAGUUUGGUUGUUAUGAACAAAGUGGCACACACGUACCGCGGCACCGAGGGCCCGCUGUACGAGGACAUGCGCGCCUGCGACCAGUCGGGCAGGCUGGUCGCACACACCACCAAGAUGUAUCCCACUGACGACUGUAGCUUCUUCUUGGUUCUCGCUCGCAUAAUGUCCGGCACGCUGUACGCGGGCCAGUCCGUGCGCGUUCUCGGCGAGAACUACAGCACGCAGGACGAGGAGGACUCGAGGAUCAUGAACGUCGGCCGGCUGUGGAUAUACGAGGCCAGAUACAAGGUGGAGUUGAAUCGCGUCCCCGCCGGUUGCUGGGCCCUGGUGGAAGGCAUCGACCAGCCCAUAGUGAAGACGUGCACGCUCGUCGGCGCCGACGAGACGGAGGAGCUGCACACCUUCCGGCCGCUCCGGUUCGACACGCAGGCCGUCGUCAAGAUAGCCGUGGAGCCCGUCAACCCCUCCGAGCUGCCCAAGAUGCUGGACGGCCUGAGGAAGGUGAACAAGUCUUACCCGCUGCUUUCGACGCGCGUAGAGGAGAGUGGGGAGCACGUGAUCCUCGGCACGGGGGAGCUCUACCUCGACUGCGUCAUGCACGACCUCAGGGACAUGUACUCUGAGAUUGAUAUCAAAGUCGCCGACCCCGUAGUAUCCUUCUGCGAGACGGUGGUAGAAACAUCCUCGCUAAAGUGCUUCGCGGAGACUCCCAACAAACGGAACAAGCUGACCAUGAUAGCUGAGCCCUUGGAGAGAGGGCUCGCCGAGGACAUCGAGGCGGGCGCCGUGUGCGUCACGUGGGACAGGCGGAAGCUGGGAGAGUUCUUCCAGAACAAGUACGAUUGGGACUUGCUAGCCGCCCGUUCGAUCUGGGCGUUCGGCCCCACGGCGACCGGGCCCAACAUUCUGGUCGACGACACACUUCCCUCCGAGGUCGACAAGCAUCUGCUGGCGUCGGUCAAAGAGAGCAUAGUGCAAGGGUUCCAGUGGGGCACACGCGAAGGCCCGCUAUGCGAGGAGCCGAUCCGCAACGUCAAGUUCAAGAUUCUCGACGCGGUCAUAGCGCAAGAGCCGUUGCACAGAGGAGGAGGACAGAUCAUUCCCACAGCUCGCCGAGUGGCAUAUUCAGCAUUCCUGAUGGCGACGCCUCGUCUGAUGGAGCCGUACCUGUUCGUGGAGGUGCAGGCGCCCGCAGACUGCGUCUCCGCCGUCUACACCGUGCUCGCCAAGCGGAGAGGUCACGUGACCCAAGACGCGCCCGUGCCGGGUUCGCCGCUCUACACGAUCAAAGCGUUCGUGCCCGCCAUCGACUCGUUCGGCUUCGAGACGGACUUGCGGACGCACACACAGGGGCAGGCCUUCUGUCUGCAGGUGUUCCACCACUGGCAGAUCGUGCCGGGAGACCCGCUCGACAAGAGCAUAGUCAUCAGGCCGCUGGAGCCCCAGCCGGCCACGCACCUAGCCCGCGAGUUCAUGGUGAAGACGCGCCGCCGCAAGGGCCUCAGCGAGGACGUGUCUAUCAACAAGUUCUUCGACGACCCCAUGUUGCUCGAGCUGGCGAGGCAGGACGUGCAGUUUAAUUAGCUUUAGUGUAGUUUACUUGUGAAUAAAUGUGAGAAAAUAUC